AAGCCACCUCUCAUAUGUGUCGUGCUCAUCUUCGAACAACGACUCAACCCAAAGCACACCCGCUUAGCCGCCUCACAUCAUCCCUUUGAAUAUUUCCACCCUAACCAGCCACCACAUGAUCAAUUUUCCAAUCUCAUCAACGCUCCGAAUUUCACCACCAUUCAGUCCAUUUCUACCUUUUUCUUGUCCUAAUCUUCUUUAAUCCUUCAGGGUAUUAUGGUAUUAGGUGAUCAACCCACCUUAGCUAUACGUCUCUCGGCUAUAAAUAACGCCAAGUGAGCAUAGCUCAUCAUCAUUUCAUUUGCAUACCGAAAAAUCAAGAAUAGGAAAGAAAUGGGAAGAGUUAUGAAUAUAUGUGUGGUUGUUUUAUUAUGUUUAAUAGGUGGUGCAAUUGCUGAGCAAUGUGGUAGGCAAGCAGGUGGCAAGCUCUGUCCUAAUAACCUAUGUUGUAGCCAGUAUGGGUGGUGUGGCAGUAGUGAUGACUAUUGUUCACCCUCCAAAAACUGCCAGAGCAAUUGCAAAGGCGGCGGCGGUGGUGGAGGUGGCGGUGGCGGUGGCGGUGGCGGUGGCGGUGGUGGAAGUGCUUCCAACGUUCGUGCGACGUACCAUUUGUACAAUCCGCAGCAACAUGGAUGGGAUUUGAAUGCUGUAAGUGCAUAUUGCUCUACAUGGGAUGCUAACAAGCCAUACUCAUGGCGGAGCAAGUAUGGCUGGACUGCAUUCUGUGGUCCUGUUGGACCACACGGACAGGCCUCCUGUGGAAAGUGCUUAAGGGUGACAAAUACAAGGACUGGAGCUAAAACGACAGUGAGGAUUGUGGAUCAGUGUAGUAAUGGAGGACUAGAUUUAGACGUGAAUGUCUUCCGUAAAUUGGACACAGAUGGGAAGGGAUAUGAACAAGGUCAUCUUACAGUGAACUACGAAUUUGUUAAUUGUGGAGAUUCCUUCAACCCUCUAUUCUCCAUUAUGGAUCAUCAGUACAUUAAUUAAUAACAAUGGGUAAGUCAAUUGUAAUAAUUAAGCUUCUCAAGCAAUAAUAAGCAACAAGGCCAAUUAAUGCUUUAUUAAUUGGCUACUGUAAUAACUUGUGAAUUGUGAUAGAUUUUAUUCAAUCAAUAUGCAAAGUGAGUUUGGCUUGGAAAGUUAGAAUUUCUCUUGUAUAAGAUUGAUUGAUAAAAAAAUAAUAAUAAUAAAAUAGAAAAUUUAUUUGAAUUCAA